GACUCAUGUCAUAGUUCACAAACCUAAGCUGUCAACCGAAUCCCACCCUAGGCUGGGCCCUAUCAUUCUUUGCUUCCGUGUCUCCAAUUUUGUAAACACAGCAGAACCACAACGGGAAGAUCACAGAACGUUAUCUUUGAUAACCUUGCUCCCCCCAUGGACGUUGCAAUUCUGAAAGUCUCCUUGCAAGGUCUGUUUGUUGUAGUAGUGACAGUGCUACUUCUGAACUGGUUGGCUUCAAAACUUAACAAGGUCUUUUCAAAAUGGAACAACACAGGGGAUCAGGAAACCAUUCCUGACUAUACAAAUGUAGUAGAGAGAUACAGACAAGAAAAGGAGGAUAUUGUGGAGAGGCUGCAGAAAAAGCAAGAUGAAAAGGCUCAAGAUUAUAUGGACAGAGUACUUAUUCCAAGAGAAGAAGAAAAGCGAAAAAGAAAGAUAGAGAAAUGUGAGCGGUUUUCUGGUCCAGCGUGGAAAGGUGAAGGUUAUGCUUUGGGGGGAAAUGAGUCCGAGUCCAGCGGAGAUGAUAAUGAGCACAUGAUGUCUCCAGGUCAGAGAGCAGCAAGGAAAAGAAUUGUGCAGGAAUGUAUCAAUCAGAGGGUCGCUGCUGCUGCUAGCAAACCCAAAGAACCUGUAGCAAGAAGGGUGAUAAAACUUCCAGAAGAGCCCGAGGGAACUGGCUGUAAUGUUGUGACUAUCAUACUCAGAACUCCAGUUGGAACAACUUGCCAACGAAAAUUUUUCCUUGAAAACCAAGUACAGAAUGUUCUAGACUUCAUCACCACUCAGGGGUUCAGUCAGAAUGUUUACACCAUUGCCAUGUCAUAUCCAAGAGUUUUACUGAAUGACCCCAGUGCCCAGUUGUCGACUUUGAAUUUAGGUCAGAGAGUUUUGUUGAAUAUUGAAGAAAGAGACUAAAUACUGUAUCGGUCCUGAUUUUGGCGAAUUUUAUGUGAUAUGAUGUGUACCAAUUGUUUGUUUAGUAUUUUACUACUACUUUGCUCACUGUUGCCCACAUGAAAAAUUGUGGCUUGAGAAGACAGAAGGAUAAAGAAGAGUUGAGGAAAGGAAAAAAUCCCAUGGGUGUAUGUGCGUGCAUCUGUUUGUACACCUGUGUGUACUUGCUUGUGUUCUGUAGAAGUGAGUGUUUGUGUGGGUGUAUGUGUGUACUUGUAUUUGUGCUACUUCUCACAUGUCUCUCUUGUGCUGUUCCUGUUGUACCUGGGUUAAACACUUCAGCUGCCUUGUCUCUCUCUUUCACCUCAGUGUUACUUAAAAUGUCCAAAACUUCUUGCUUCUUGAUAAGAGUUACACUGCUGAAAGAGCAGAAGGCAAUGAGAAUUUUGAUUUUAAGAAUUGAUUCAUUUGAAUGUUUUGUUACAAAUUAUCAAAUUAUUUUAUAAUGAAAUGCAAAAAAUGCGUGCCAUUUUUCUGUGAUCUUACUCUGGUUAUGAUUUUUUGUUGUUGUUUAAAAAAAAAAUGAGCAUAACACUUCAAAAUGGUAUUAUUAUGUGUAUUUGUUGGAAAUAUACAAUAGUUUGUUUCAGUUAACUUCUCUAUACUUACGUAGUUAGUUUAAAAAGCGAAGAGCAAAAUUAUAAAAAUGUUACCCUGGUAAUUAAGCACAGUUUUCAAAAUCGUAUUAUAUUGCUUCUUCUUUCGUAUCAAACGUCUAUCUUCCAUAUCUCCCCUCCUUUUUUUAUGUUUGUUACUCUCUUGUAACACCUCGAAUCUUCGGCACUUUUAUGACCUUACUGUGUUGCAAGUGCCGUAAAACUCUUACUAAAACAAUAUGUGACUUCUCACAUAUUGGGGGGCUGGACCUCAACCUUGCUUUUUAGUUGAUUACUGUUAUAUACUGUUGGAUAUAAUAAGGAUAUAAUAGAGAUCCAUUGAAGUUCAAACUGUUUUGUGUUUAAAAUGUUCCUAACACUUACACUUAGUUGUUUACUCUUUGGAACCCCUGCUGUCAAGCUAUGUGGCCAUAAUAAAGUAUUAUUAUUGUCAGCUCA